ACAAGGAUUUCUUACAGCAAAAAAAAACAUGUCCUCUCUCUAGAGGGCAGGUAAUAGAUUGUCGCACAAGAGCUGAGUGAGACAACACUGUGCCUGCCUGACUCCUCAAAUCACUGUGGCGCUGUAAAAGCUGCAAGGAAGCAUGUCUAACUAGAAAUUUAAGAUCUGCAACUAGAAAGAAACAGGGUGAAGAAACAGAGAAGAAAAACAACUCAUAUUGCUGAACUGCAGAAACGCCACACAGGGAUUUUCUCAGUGUCUCCGUUCUUGAACAUCUGCACAGUCUGCAGAGACAUGGAUAUUUUCAUGGAUUUUAGUGUGACACGUAACACCAGCCAUGAAACAGGACAAGAAGGCACUAAAGGCCAAGGACUCAACCACAGCGACCCCCUGGACAUGUUCGUGGGCAUGGAGGUUCUUCUGCGUUUCAAACCCCUCUUCUUACCUCUCUACUGCCUCGUAGUGGCCGUGGCCGGGGUGGGAAACUCCAUCCUGUUGGCCUGCAUCUUAGCUGACAAGAAACUCCACAAUGCCACCAACUUUUUCAUCGGGAACUUGGCAGCGGGAGACCUGCUGAUGUGUUUGAGCUGCGUUCCAUUGACUGUGUCUUACGCCUUCGACAGCCAUGGCUGGGCCUUUGGGAGGCCCCUGUGCCACCUGGUCCCCUUGCUGCAAUGUGCCACGGUGUUCGCCUCAGUGCUUUCACUCACUGCCAUCGCGGUUGACCGCUAUGUUGUUGUAGCUCACCCGAUUCGGAGGAGGAUUUCUGUGUGGGGUUGUGGUGCAGUGACUCUGGGUGUAUGGCUCUUAUCUCUGGCUCUGGCUGCACCUCCUUCUCUUUAUACACGCUAUGUGGACCUGCGGCCGAGUGGUAUCGACUUGGUGGUGUGUGAAGAAUUCUGGCCAAAUAGUGGCAAUCUGCGGCUACUCUAUUCCUGCUUCAUCCUCAUAGCCUCCUAUAUGAUCCCCCUGCUGUCCGUCAGUAUGUCCUACUGUGCCAUCACUGUUAGCCUGAAACGCUAUUCAAUACCCGGGGAGCUAUCCAACAGUCAGCAGCGCUGGAGCCAAAGGAGGAAGAAGACCUUCUCUCUUCUGGUGGCCUCAGUUUUGGCCUUUGCCCUGUGUUGGCUACCACUGCAGGUCCUGAACCUGUUGCUGGACCUGGACCCAGACUUCCACUUCAUAGGGAAGCGCUACAUAAACGUCCUACAGGUCUGCUGCCAUUUAGUAGCUAUGAGCUCUGCGUGCUACAAUCCGUUCAUCUACGCUUCACUGCACAGCAAGGUCCGCAUGCACCUGAAAGGCUACCUCUGUCCUUGCCGCAAGCGUCAGAGGGCAGUGGUGGAGAGGGUGACGUCAAGGAGCUGAUUUCAGCUUGUGUCUGCUGCUACUGCUGCUGCUGCUAAUACUACUGCUGCUGCUGCUGCUAAUACUAGUGCUGCUGCUGCUGCUGCUAAUACUACUAGUACUACUC